AUAUACUCCUAAAACAAUGGCAAUGUUACCAAUUCUGCACCAAAAACAAUGACAAUGCUACCAAUUCUUCACCUAAUCCUUUUGCCAUUAUUCAUCCAUCAAACAACCUCAUUUUCCUCAUCUGCUAUUGAUCCCACACAAGGCUUCACUCAUGUUUCAUUAGAUAACUCAAACUUUGUUAUUCAAAAGCCUUACAAUAUUCCAGUAAACCAGCGUUACAACUUUACAAAUGGUGUGCACCAAUUUUGGAUACUCCCCACAGACAAGCCUUUCAUGAGUGGCAGCAAUACAAAGCCACGAACCGAGAUUCGUAUCAGUAAACAUGAGUAUACCUCUGGUAUAUGGCAAUUUGAAGGGUAUGCCUAUGUUCCUAGUGGCACAAGCGGCGUGUGUAUUAUGCAAGUGUUUGGCGGCAGAUCUACAGCGACAACGACACAACUUAGGAUUUACGAUGGUUCGCUAACUUAUUAUAAUUCUCCUCAUGUUCUAUCUCAGAAUAUCUAUGACAGGUGGUUUAAGGUAAACGUGAUUCAUAACGUGGAUGCUAACAAUGUUAAGAUUUAUAUUGAUGGAGUUCUCAAACGCGAUGGGGCUGGUCUCGGAGCUGGUACUCACUACUUCAAGUUCGGGGUUUAUGUACAAAAUGAUCAUUCCAACCGCAUGGAAUCUCGUUGGAAGAAUAUCAAAGUUUUUAAAAAAUAGAUUAAGUACUAAAAUUGAUCAAGUCACGAGAAAAAGGAUGAGUCGCAUCCUCAACUUACACUAGUUUUACAUUGACAUCAAAUGAAAAUCCUGUAUUUCACGAUUAUAUAAUAGGCCUAUAUAUGGCAAUGUUAUGAAUUCUUAUUUGAUUUCGGUGUAAAACUAUUUUGAAGGUUGCUUGCAACUCAAGAAAGCUUUUUAUACGUGAUCAUGAAUU